AUGUGGACCAUGGACUUUACUUUUUUGGAUGCGAUUGGAGGAAUGAAAAAUUCCCGCAAGCUGAAUGCAGGCAUUCCAUCUUUAGCCUACCUAUAUAUAUCCGAGGGCUCCUUUGCACAUGUGGGAGCCCGUUUCUCUGAGACGAGAAAUAGCCGUUACUGAGAAUGCUCCUUGUUUUCUAUAUCCUCCAAAAUUGAUUUAGUUUUUUUGGUAAGACCUAGAGUACUACUUUGGACAAGGAUGGAAAAAAUUCGCUUCAUUUGAUACUUCGAAAUUUCUAGAAGCUUUUCUGAAAAACCUUCUUUUAGGUAUUUAAACAUCCAAAUGGUGCCUGAAUGAACAGUUUCUUAGUUUUUGAAAAUGAAUGUCUCUCAUACGAAAUGAUUGAUUUUAGACUGCAGUUUUUUUUUGAAUUUUUUUUAUUAUUGAAAAGUUAUCUUCCUUGUAAAUACGAAGACUGCCCGAAAUUUUUUCGUAAUUUAUUUUAUAUAAUAUAAAAGUGAUUUCCAGAAAACCGAAGCUAUGGGUUCCUUGAUGGAGUUUGUCAGCUCUUAUCGCAACAAUAGAAAAAUACUUCUACUUAUCGUGUACAUCGCCCUUUUCCUUGACAACAUGCUCUUGACGACCGUCGGUACGUUUUUUUCAAAAUAGAAAAGUCUUUGAAAAAAUGAGUUCCAGUGCCUAUCAUUCCCGAAUAUUUGCUACGUAUUGAACAUCCUAAUGAUACUGAUUUCCUGCUGAAUAACAUGCCACGUUCAGAUUCACGAUUCAAACGACAGGUUUUUCCUUUCCCAGCAUCCCAAUUUUAAUUUUAAUCUAGUGGAAUCGAUUGCUUAUAUUUAUAUUUUAGAUUGAUUGGAAUGAUCAGAACAAUUGGGACGUGCCGAUGAGAGUCGAUAGUUCGGAUGAGAUUGACUGGCGAGACAGUCCGGUUGGACCUAGAAGGAAGCAAAAACAAGGACAACGUACUUCAAAACCAAAACAACGUACCAAAGAUCUGAUGCCGGGUGAUAGGUUCGAUACUUUUCAGAGUGAAAAAUGGAAGUUCAAAUAGUCAUUUUGUUAAAUCUUGUGCAAAUUAUGUUCGAAAAUUUUGUUUUAUACCUUGCGGAAGUGUGGAAUUCUCACAAUAACAAAAUUAAAAAAGUUUUUUAUCCACCAUCCGCAUAAAAAAGCCGAAUCACAGAAACGAUACUAUUACAAACAACGGAAUUGCAAGACCUGAAUGUUUUAAUCAAAAAUGAAGUUGAAGAGGUGACAUGAAACCUGCGUCGAAGUUUUCUCCGAAGGCAGAGGCGCCUCGUGAUGAACUAGAACGUCAUCGGGUUCUGGCAGCUGAGAACGUGCAUGUAGGACUGAUGUUUGGCUCGAAAGCGUUGGUUCAACUUUUGGUCAACCCAUGGGUUGGACCCUUGACAAACAAGUUUGCAAUUUCUGAGGCUUGAAGCCAAUCGUUGUCGGAAAAAUCAACAAUAUACCAUCUACAAGUAAGCUCAAUCGAAAAAAAGGGAAUUUCGCAACUACGAGUGCUCAUUUUUUACCUUCGCCUGUUUUUAAUUUCAAAUUAGAAACAGUUCAUUUUACAGAUCACGCAAAAAAGAGAAUAAAAACCAACUUUGAAAACCUCAAAUUUUUUUCCUCAGAGUAUACAUACCUUAAGUUUUGACAAGGCAGACAAUUUUCCUCAUUAAAGGAUCGGCUACACAGUACCAAUGUUUGGAGGAUUUGUGAUUAUGUUUCUUUCAACGAUACUUUUCGCAUUUGGAGAGUCCUACCCGGCUUUGUGGCUAGCCAGAGCACUACAAGGCGUUGGUUCGGCAUGCACGAGCACUUCAGGUAAAAAUUAGUUUUAAUUUCUCGCAGUCGAUAGACUUUUAGGAAUGGGUAUGCUCGCUCAAGCUUAUCCUGACGAUCUAGAAAGAGGAAGUGCAAUGGGAAUCGCGCUCGGUGGACUUGCUCUGGGAGUUCUUGUCGGGCCUCCUUAUGGAGGACUUUUGUACCAAUGGGCUGGAAAAGAACUUCCAUUCAUACUUCUUGCAUUGUUGGCUCUUUUCGACGGCUGUGAGCGAAUUCACAAAAAAAAGAUUGAUGACGAUUUCAGCCCUUCAAUUUCUCGUACUGCAGCCUAAAAUAAAUAGAGGAGAGCCGGAAGGAUCAACGAUAAGACAACUCGCGCGCGAUCCGUACAUUAUUGUCGCGGCUGGUAACCAUAUUUAGCAAUAUAAAUUAUUAUUCCAAUCUUCAUUUUCUCAGAUUUUUUUCAGCUUUGCUUCCCUUUAAUUCAUUUUUUUAAUAGAAUUAUUGAAAGUUUUUUUCGAUUCCUUUAUACUUUCUCGUAAGAGCCGCCUUCAUUGAAUCGAAUCUCUCUUUGAGGAUAAUGCUUUUUCAGUGGGAUGGAAAAAUAUCAGCAAAAUUUCGAACGGCGACUUUUCGAUUUUUUCAUAUUGCGAGGGAACUAUCCGACGGAGAAGUUUCCGACUAAUCCUUUUCCGACUUUUUUCUUGAUAAAUUUUUUGUUUUGAAACUUCCUAUCUAAAGUAGAUAGUUGAUUAAUGAUUAAAAACACAGAGAAAUAGGAAAAAAAUAUCAAUAGAUGUUUUAUAAAACCAAUAAAUACAAGGAAAAAAAUCGGAAAGGGAUUCUUCGGAAACUUCUCUGUCGGAAAGUUCCCUGGCAAUAUGAAAAAAAUCGGAAAAAAAUCGCCGUUCUAAAUUCGCUAGUUUUUUUUAAAAAUUUUUUUCUUGACAAAAAUUCAAUUUUUUUGAAGUUAUCGGGAAGGCCGCUCCAAACUUUGACGUUUGAAAAAAAUUUCUCUAUUUGUUGUAAAAAAAGUUUAUUAGAGUUUUUCACAGCUCGAACUUCUCCAGGAUUCAUCACAGCAUUUUAAUAAAGAUAGGAAGCUUUUUCAUCUAAUUAAAAAUUUUAUUUUUUUAAUUUAUAGUUUUUUUCUAAAGUUCUCUUUGAAGACACAAUUGAACAUUUCACUUGAUUUGAUUGAAAUAAAACGGACCAAUUUUUGAACACCAAUUCAAAACUUGUACAGGAGCCAUCACAAUUGGAAAUCUUGGUAUUGCAAUGUUGGAACCAUCUCUUCCCCUGUGGAUGAUGGAAUCUUGGGGCGCCAAUUCGUUGGAACGUGGUGCCGCGUUUCUUCCCGCGUCCAUCUCCUACCUUAUUGGAACCAACAUUUUCGGACCACUGGCUCAUCGUAUCGGAAGGUUAAACACAAAUUUUAUUCAGGAAGAACUUUUAUUUUGAUUAAUUUGAAAGUGGCGUGUAUGCAGCUUUAUAACCCACGGUAUCAAACUUAGCCAAAACGUUCAACAACUGGAAACUGAAUUUUCUUACAACUUCCAAUGAAGGUUUUUCCUACUAACUUCUAGAAAGUAUGCUUCUUUCAUGGUGUCAACAAUGAAGCUCGAUCAUAAUUAAAAAUAACGAAAAAAAAGGGUGGUUUAUAGAUGGUUGUCUUCCUGUAUCGGCCUCAUCGUCAUUGGUUUCAGUCUGCUCGCUAUCCCGUCAGCCACAUCCGUUGGAGGAUUGAUCAUUCCCCAUUUCUUUUUGGGAUUCAGCAUUGGUGGGUAUGGAAGAAAUUAAUUCAAAGAAAGUACAAAUUGCUAGUUUUUUUUUUUUCAAAUAAUGACGUUUUGAAAAACAGUAAAAAUGCGGGCUGUCUGUAAUUUCGUAUACUAAAUGUUUCAGUUGGAAACGUUGUCUAUUCAAUUUUGAGGCGGGUCCUUAGUUUGUUUUCGUGGCGAUUUCUAAGUCCUUUCGAAGAUUCUAUUCAAUUUGAGUAUCAUGAAAUUAAGGAAUGAACGGUUUAGGCAUGAUCGACGCAUCGAUGUUUCCUUUAAUGGGCUACCUAGUCGAUAUCCGCCAUGUUGGAGUUUAUGGUUCAAUCUACGCCAUCGCCGACGCCGCUUUCUGCUUUGCUUUUGCCUUGGGACCAUUUUUCUCCGGGCCUCUUGUCAAGUCAUUAGGAUUUCCAACGUUUGUCUCUCACUGUUUUUUUAGACAUUCAAAAUUUUUCAAUGAAAGCUGUAGAUUUCAAAAUUGAUUUCAUUAAUUAGCGUUAAUUGUAAAAAUUUUUUGAAAUUGACAAAAAUUAAAGCUUGAAAAGAAAUGUUUGAAAAACUUUUCUUAUGUUCUGUUCAUUUGAGAAAAAAAUCGAAUUUUUUUGAUUUUACAAAAAAUAAUUUUGACAAAAAUUCAGAAAAAAAUUUUUUUGAAAAAAACUUGAUAGUAAAAAAUGAAUCCGAUAUAACUCGAAAAGUCAAGAAGGGAAAUAAGAAUAAGUUGGAAAUUGAGAAAUUGAACCACAACUUUUCAGGAUGAUGUACUUGAUUGCUAUCAUUAGCUUUCUGUAUGCUCCUUUGAUGCUUCUUUUGAAAAAUCCGCCUGCCGUCGUCCAAACCACAACUUCUACAACCACGGUGAGUAAGCUUUGCUUAAUCUUUUGUUCAGAAGGCUUUUAGGAACUACAGCCAACUCAGCCUCCAUUGACCGAUGAUCGCUACGAACGCAUUGAAGGGAUCAACGUCAACCACUUGCAAAACUAUCAGACUGCGUAUUGAAAACCCCAUUUUUUUUCUGAUAGGUUGUAUUAACUAUCACUUCAUUUCAAUCAUAAUCGAUGAACCGAAAUUGUAGCAAACUAUUGAUAUUUUUCUUCAUCUUCCAUUUAUAACCGCCCACGCUUUUUUUUCCUAUUGAUCUUUUAUUUCUAGGAUUCUCAUUGUUUGCAGUGCUGAAAUAUGAAAGAUGCACAGAAAUAGCAUUCAAGUUUUUUCAAGAUACACAAAACUUGAAAUCGUCUACGUUUUUGUUGAAUACUAGAUCAAAACUUUGCAACUUGUACUGAAAUUUAAACUCCAAAGUUAGAGAAUGAUAUUAUCCCGUCAUUAAUCUCUUUGAACUUUUCAAACUUGAUAAGAUCUCCCACUUUUUUCGAAAUGGCAUCAAGAGAGUGCAAUGGAGCACUCUUCCUCUUUUUCAAAUUUAACCGCCUUUUUGUUAUCUCUGGUUCCCUAGUUCAGUUUAGCUCCUCACUAUGAUAAUUACUGAAUUCAUAAUGAAAACUUGAAUUUAGAUGCAAACUAAUAAAGUUGAAAUACUUCGUGAGAAUUCUUGAAACAUAUUAAGUUAAGCCUUUUUUCCUCGAAGGCAAAUGUUUUUCUUUAUACAUAAGUUUCGAAGUGGAAAAUCAACUGUUAGAAUUUGGUCAACAUCUUCAAUCCCAACAGUUUCACGUCAAACGCGAUUUCAUCAUUCCAACACAAUGCAUCGAAGAUAAGUUCGAGUGAAAACUUUGAUAACUCCGAUAGUCAACAAUAUAAUUCUUUCUAGUCGAUUUCCCUUCAAAGAUAUGGCGUCUUUCGAAAAAGCUUUUUCAAAAGAUUUUCUUUCGUUUCUCGGUGGCGUAAACAAAACCUUCUCAUGAAGAUUCAUGAAGUUCUUUUUGAAGUUAUAAAAAAACCCUUUAUUUUUUUCAAAAAGAUUUUUUCUUCUUAUUUUUCUUGUUGUAAUCGUAUUAAUUUUUGAUUGUCGAGUUCUUCCAGAAAAAAAAAACAACUCGAAUGGCCGCUUUCAAAAUAAUCAGUAACCCCGAUGGUAAAAGUAAACUGUGGAAGGAAUGGAAAGAAGAAGUGGAUCGUGAGAAUUGGACGUCCGACGACAAUUCUGUGACUCUUUUGACGCCAGAACUGCCUUCAACACGCAGUGUUUUUGCCGUAGACGAGUCGGGUGAGUUUCUUUUUCUUCCAAGAAGGAAGGAAGUGUCUUCUCAUUAACGUCGUAAACUGUAAUUGUUUUCUUAAAAAGGGUCAAGAACGUACCUCUACUGUAUUUUCUUCCAGGAGGCAGUUUCGUAGGUGCUGUCAUUUGGAACGAAUAUGACGGAUUCGCUUUUCUCGGAUUUUACAUUUUGAAACCUGAAUUCCGUGGACGAGGGAUUGGAACUCAAAUCUGGGAAAAAGCAAUGAGCAGUAUCUCGAAAGAUCUUGUUCUCAUUCUUAGAGCAGGUUCAAAUUUUUCAUUUUUUCUCCGAACAAAAAAAAUUCAGUGCCAGCGUUAGUCGAAAAAUACAAAAAAGUGGCGACUCCAGUGGAAGGUUACAAAUUGAUUACUCAUCAGAUGAGCCCACAACAGCUGUUCGACAUUUGCCAGAAAAAUUCAGAACUGGUAUGUUUUGAGUCUAUCACUUCAAUCACUCAAAAGACUGAAGUCGUAUUUUCAUCUCGUUUCAGAAAUCUGACAAAACAUUGAAGUUUGUGAGCUACUUGACUGAUUCUGAGAAAGCGGACCUGAAAGCUUUUGACAAAGAAAUUAGCGGCAGAGAUAGAAGCGAAUUCUUGGAUCUUUUUUACAAAAAGCUUCACUUCACUGUUGGUGCAGUUCUAUUUGAUCAACAAGGAAAAAUAAUUGCACAUGCUGCAAUUGUUCCUACCGGAUCUGAUGGUUUGAAAAAGAGAAAAUCUCAUUAUUGAAAAACUUCCAUUACAGAAGCAAACACAAUGAAACUUGCUCCAGUUUAUGCCAACUGUCUGGAAGACGCCUUACUAGUCAUUUCGAAAGUGGUUGAAGUGGUGAACGUAAAAAGAAGACCGCCGACUGUACUCCUUCAUUUGCUGGAAAACGUCGCAACUAUGGAAAGCUUGUCCCAGCUUCUGGCCAAUUUCAAAAAACCUUCCGCGUUCGGUCUCACGCUUUCCAGCCGCGAAUACAAAAACCCUUGUGAUUUUAGCCGUAUUUUUGUGCCACAUAACAACUCUUGCCAUUUUGAUGCGUGA